AUGCAGCGCAGCCGCUACCCAUCCAACGCCACCGAGACCAAGCUGAUGGCUGCCACCCUGAGCCAGCUGUAUUGGUCUGCCGUCCACUCGGACUAUACCGCUGAAGAGCGAGAGAUGUGCUGGGCUUUGAUUUUGGCCUUGCCUAGCAUGUUGUUGUCUGCUCCCUCGACCGCACUGUCUACGAUUGACCUGCGCAAUAUGUUUCACGAUCGUCUCCGUUGGCUUGUGACGGGGCAACUAGGUCGGGUCGUGGACGCCAUGCGCAAGGCAGUCGCACGCAAGCAGAGCCGUCGAGGACAGCUGAACGCCGGCGCGGGCGCCCACCCGAACGACGCAGUCGACCAGAGCCUCAGGUCACUCGUCCGCGACCCGGACCUGGCGGACGAAGCCUGGGCAAACCACGUCACGAACCGUCUGAACCGAGGUCAGAUUGCCAAAGCAUUUGAUGCCGACAAGGCUCGUGCCGUGAUUGGUAAUUCUGAGGUUCAGGCCGUGCGCGACCUCUUGGUACCGCCCGGGCUGACCCCGUACAUUGCUUCGACACCCGCCUCCACGUCUACACUGGCACCAGCCACGGCUGCGAGCUCCCCAACCGUGUCCCUUCACCAAAGGUGA